AACUUUUCCUAAAGCCGACUAACUAACCAGCUCUAGUGCUGCUAGCCUUCGUAGCUAAAUUUAGCUAGUCUGCUAACUUUAACCGAGUUGAUCCAUAAAUGACAGUUUCCAGUUAGUUUUUCCUCCCAGUAAUAUAAAUGUGUUUUCAAGAGAAGAGUACACACUAACUCCGGGGUUAGCGAUUUUAGUGCCUGUAAUUCUUUAUGGUUUCUUACACUUAGAAGGAAUCAUGAUUGUCCUUACCACACCUUGUUAAGAUCAUGUCAGCAAUCAAGGUUGCCCUACAGCACAGCCCAAAGGGUGGGAGGCGUAAAACCUCUAAGACGAUGUCUGCAGAGGUGUCUCCAGACUCCAAGUGCCCCAUCUGUUUGGACGUAUUUCAUAAUAUGUCUUACUUGGACCGCUGCCUCCAUAAAUUCUGCUUCCGCUGUAUUCUGGAGUGGUCGAAGAACAAACCUGAGUGCCCACUGUGCAAACAGCCGUUUAGUUCAAUCUAUCACAGCAUAAAAUCUGAUGAGGACUUUCAAAAAUAUGAACUGAAACAGCAGGUGGAAAAUUCCUCAUUUGGUUAUUUCGAAGGAGUUCGGUUUCGAUACCGAACGACUCUCACUGGAGUUCAUCGACAGAUGAGAAGAACCUCUCCGCCUCCAGAUAACGGGGUAAUGUUUGAAGCUUCCUCAAAUUUACCCCAGCAGAGACGGGAUCGAUACAUUCGCCGCAUGAUGAUGAGGUUGGCGGCUAAGAGGAGAGCUGCAAAUGAAGGCAGAGCCGUGAACAAUGUCAGGGAGCAGGAGAUGAUCAACUUCAGAAGGGAGCUGUACAGAAGGGGGGUGAGGGUGAGGAAUGUGAGAGACGGCGGGCGCUCCAGAGACACAUCCGCUGAAUUUUAUAGAAGAAAUCCUGCCUGCCUACACAGACUCAUCCCCUGGCUAAAAAGAGAACUGAUGGUGCUGUACGGGGCCCACGGCUCUUUAGUCAACAUAGUUCAGCAUAUCAUCAUGUCACGCAUUACACGCUACGAUAUGGAGGAAGGGGCCAUCCAGGAAGAGCUCAGACCUUUCCUGCAGGGUCGGACUGAACACUUUCUGCACGAGUUCAUCAAUUUUGCAAAGUCCCCCUUCAAUAUGGAGGCCUACGACCAACAUGCCCUUUAUGAUUGCCCUGCACCCUCCUCCAAUGAGCACAGCAGCUCUAACUCCUCUGUAAUCGCCAUUUCAGAGGACGAGGAAAACUCUGCAGAGAUGGAACCUCCUGGGAACUCAGCAUCUGCUCUGAGUCAGUCUUUGUGGGACGAUGAGACUCCGGGGCCUUCGUAUUCAACAACAACAGAGCCCAGCAGGCAAGACCUUCAGACAGUCCUGGACUUGGAUUCAGAAAGCAGCUCAGAAGACGAACAGCGAACGUUUGGUGCUUCGCCACCACAAAUUAGAUCUUAUAGCCCAACGGAUGUUGCUCAUGCAGACGGCACCAAUGAAGACUGUGCAUCUUCUGAUGGUGAUGACUGUUUUAUUGUGGGAUAUGUUAAGCCUACAACAGAAAGGACUCCAGAGCUGGUUCAUCUGUCUUCUGACUCUGAUGGUUCUUCUGUUGAGGAGAACCAAGAGGCUCCUCUUCAGUCGCAACACAUCCGUUUCACCAGCUGUAGUCCUGCAAAUUCACACAGUAGUGAUUCCAGUAAGGCUGGAGAAACUAAAAAUGGCCAAACAGACCACCAUCAUCAGUCCUCCUCUAAAGAAAGACUUAGCUCAAACACAUACAAUACUGGUAGAAGAACAGAUAGAAGGUUUGACAGUAGGGAAAGGUCUAUUGAGGGGCAUAAAUCAAAGGAGAGAGACCACAAGAGAAAGAAGAGACACUCAAAGAGCAGAGGGUGCAAGUACUCUAGCAAAAGCCCAGCAGUUUCUCAAAGCACUUUCAGUUCUCAUGCUCGUCGUGGAAACUUCUCAAAAAGUGAUGGAAUGCAUGCAAGGAGGGACAGCGACCACAGCUACCAGUCAUACACCCAUUACAGACGAGAGAGGAAUGGUAGCAUAACUCACUACACACAGAGACGGUCCUACUAUUACAGCAGCCACAAGUACAAUCGCUCUAAAUCCAGGAGCCGCAGCAGGGACUCACCUCACCGACGAGACAGGAGGCGGUCUCGAUCCAGAGCGUUUUCCAGCAACUCCUCCUCUUCGCCGGAAAGGAAAUCUCAUCAUGACAAGCCUGGCGGCAAAAGGAAAUAUAAAGCUAAACAUUUGGCAGAACCAUCCAAGAACACCCAAAGUGGCCAAAGUGACUCCAUGUCGUUGACAAAACACAAGAAGAAAAGCAAAGAGAAGCACCAUAAAAGAUCCAAAGAGAGGUCAAGGAAGAGAAGCAGGAGUGGGAGCACAGAGGUCAUCGAUGAGCGACACAAGCACCACCAUAAGAAGAAGAAGAAGCACAAGAAGAAAAGUAAAAAAAGCAAGAGUUCCGAGCGCAAAGCAAAGUCCUCACCGAAUGUCAUUACAAUUGAAAGCGACAACGAGUCUUUUGCCAAUCACAGCAUCAUCCCUGUCGGUAGAACUACUGAAAAUACUUUCAUCGAUUAUGCUGCUGAUGACGGAGAAAACCCUGACACAGUGGACCAAGCUUCACAAUCACAUUGAUGGAUUAAAUGUCACAAGAGCUUGCCACAAGUAUUUUGCAUCAGAACAGUCUUUAAACUAUCAGGAGUCCAGCUAUUUUAUUUUAUUUUUUGUUACUCUGUUUUUUCACAGUUAAUUCCAUAUAUCACUGAUGUAUGUCUGACAAACAAUGGAUGUUUUACAGUUCAAAACAAAUUAUCUUUAAUGACAUUUUGUAUCAAAACUGUCUGGUAUAUCCACCAUGAUGUAAAGUGUAAUUAAAGGCUGUUUUACAUGACAGUGCAAACAAGGUAGAGGGUAAAUAUUUUUGAAUUGUAUAUUUUACAAGUGUGAGCUGUUAUUUUGUUAAAAUAUUGCAAUGUGCCGAGGUUUCUGUAUAUUAAGGGAUUUUAAGCCUUUCUGUUAUAAUUAUGGCACAGAUCUACUUUUAACUGCCAAUAAUUUAGUUGUUACCAUUAAAAUGGCACUGUGAUUUAAAAAAGGA